UUGCAGGUGGGCUUAGGAGACAGAGACUCAGGCCCAAUGCUGGGGAUCGUCUCAGCCCUCAACUCAACUAAUUUUGCAUGGUCUUCUUUUCUUCCCCUUUCCUUUUCCUUCUCUUUUCUGACCCCUUCUACUGUCCACUUCUAAAGUUAUGAAGGCUGUGUUGAAAGGAUGAAACACUGAAUUUGUACCAGUCAUGAACAGCCUAGGUAUUGAAGAUUUUGUACCUUUAUUAAGGGCAUUGAGGCUUACCUCUUUAUCAACUAGCCCCACUGAUUUUAAUUUUUUUAAUUCAUAACACCAGACUCUCCUUUUAUCAAGAAUCUGAACAUUACUACUACCCACUCCUCAAUGCCUACUGUCACAUUCGCACAAUCCAAGUGACCCAUCCAUGUCAUUACUUGGUAUAACUAUCCUUCAUUGGAAUAUUCGCGGUUUCCGCUCCCACAGACCUGACUUUCGUCAUAUCCUUUCCUCUUAUAACCCAUCUAUUGUAUGCCUUCAAGAAACCUUUCUUACACAUCCUCCAAUACCAAUCCCCAAUUAUCAUUUUGUCUCUUCCCCACAUUCCCUUUAUGUCUUGUCCAUACUUUGAACUUUUCAGAAAAAGUGAGGCAGUCCAAGCUCUCCCCAAGCCUAGUUUAGCUCUGAACUGUGUCAGUGGUCGCAGUGGGACAGAGAUCUUGCAGCAGCUGUCACCCCAAGGUGUUAUGGUCACUUAUGGUGGAAUGUCAAGAAAGCCUGUUACUGUUCCCGUUGGUUCCCUGAUCUUCUCAGAUGUGACUCUGAAGGGAUUUUGGAUGACCCGCUGGAAUAAGGCCCAUUUUAGUCACCCAGAACGAGAGCUAAUGUUAGGUGAACUUUUUGACUUGGUGAAGCAGGGUAAGCUGUGUCCACCUGAUCAUGCAAUGGUCCCCUUUCAGGAUUAUAUAACUGCUUUAAAAGAUGCUAUGCCAAGUGAUGGUAUGGUUGGUAAAAAACAAAUACUGGUCUUUCCUUAGAUAUGAACAAUCAGUUUUGCUGUGCAAGGGAGUAAAAGAAAUAUUGACUGUUCUAAACCAGUAUACUGAAUGGGUUAUCUAUUUGAAUAUAUGCUAUGUAUGGUUGAAUACAUUGAGUGAGGGUUAGCUGCUAAUAUCCUCAUGAUGUACAUAAAGUUCUGGAAGCAACAUAUUUAUUUUAUGAC